AUGAGAAUGAGGCUCUCAUCCGUGGUCGGCGCCGUCCUCGCGCUGUGCACCGGAGUGCUCGGGGCAGAGUCGAAUCUCACAGAACAUCGAACCACGCAAAAGAUAUUAACGGGCGACUUCAAACCUCCCCAAGUAUUCGAGAACACCAACCUCGUUCGGACUAUCAACCUCGAGAAAGGCUACGUGAGAGAGACCACCAAUGUGCUGGUCACAAACACGGACAGCUCACCGCAGUCGGAGUACUAUAUCCCCUUCGAAUAUGACCUGAUUGGCAAGAUUGGCGGCUUUGACGCCCGGGACAAGAAGAAGCCAGAAUUUCCCUUGGAGGUCACCAUUGCGGCGUUGUCUGCUGUCUCGGACGACCAGGGCGAAGCUUCACAGUACGCAGAACCUGGACGGGCUCGCACCGAAAUGCUUGCUGACUUUCCCAGACCUACUCAAUACUAUGUCAUCCAUCUCUCGGAACCGCUACCACCCAAAAGCACCGUCACUCUCUCAAUAUCAUGGAAUGCGCUGGGAGUCCUUACGCCUUUGCCCGCCUCUAUCAGACAGGAAGAUAAGCAGUACCUUACCUACAAUUUCUCCGCCUACGUUCCCACCGUCUACAAGACAGUCAAACAGAAAACAAAAGUGAAGUUCCCGUCGGCGGAUGUGCCUGAAUAUACCACCACGAGCGGCUUGACAUCAGCCAGCGAUCCAGAAAAGCAAGGGACGUCAUUUACAUAUGGUCCGUACGAUACUGCCAAGGUCGAACCAGGCACCAUCUAUCCAGUGUCUGUGCGGUACGAAUUUAACAAGCCACUCCUCGUCUGCAGCCUCCUCGAGCGAGAUGUUGAAGUCUCUCAUUGGGGAGGUAAUUUGGCUACCGAAGAAAGAUACUGGCUUCGCCAUGACGGUGCUAAACUCUCCAACCAGUUUUCUCGUCUGGCAUGGAGUACACAAAACUUCUACAUCAGCGCAGGGCAGGGGUCUACCUCUGCUUUGAGGGAAUUGAAGGUCCCUCUGAAACCAGGCACUGUCGACCCAUAUUUCACCGACGACAUCGGGAAUGUCUCCACGUCGCGCUUCAGACCCAAUAACGUCCGCGAAGCCAGCCUGGAGCUCAAGCCUCGCUACCCCUUGUUCGGUGGAUGGAAGUAUAGCUUCCGCAUUGGCUGGAACAAUGCUCUGUCCUCUGGCCUCCGGAAACUCCAGACUCAGUCCGACACGUAUAUCUUAUCCGUUCCCCUCUUGGAAGGCCCCAAGAUGCCAGAAGGCAUUCAAUACGAGCAGCUUGUCUUCCGGGUCAUUCUGCCCGAAGGAGCCAAGAACGUCAAAUGGCAGACGCAUGGUGGAACAGGUGUGCCGCCUCUACAUGCCGAGUAUGAUCUCCACAAGACGUUUAUGGACACCUUGGGCCGAACAGAGCUGAAGUUGACAGCUUACAACGUCGUCGACGAAGCAAGGGACGUUACCAUCCUGGUGACGUACGAGUACCCAUUCCUGGCCGCCUUCCGAAAACCUAUGACUAUCUUCACCGGGUUGGCCGUGGUGUUUGUGCUCGCUUACUUGGUGGGCAGCGUGGACACGAGUAUUGGGAAGAAGAAGAGAUGA